CGUUUUUGAGUAGUGUGACUCAUUUUGCCGGCAUUAAGCAUUAACCUGGCCGAUUACGUGGCAUAGAGAGAGAGAGGGGGGUUCUGUUCUGUCAGUGAUGGACAGGAGUAGGAACUUCCAACGUCGAAACCCUUCUUCUUCUUCUUCGAACAGUUCCCGCUUCACUGCCUCCAAAUCCUCCAAUCUCGUUCCGUCUACCCCUAAAUCUGGUCCCAAUACCCACGAUAACACUCGCCAUGGCCGAAGCAGACCUAGAUACUCCGCUCCACAAGGACCACAUAAUCCAAAUGACCUUUCCGAUCUUCCCACCAUUGUUGGAACUUGCCCUUUCAUGUGUCCAGAGGGGGAAAGAACGCAGCGUGAGAGACUAAGAGAUUUGGCUGUGUUCGAGAGAUUGAAUGGAAAUCCAGCUCUAUCUUCUCCAAGCUUGGCCGUCAAAAAGUUCUGCAGAACGAUAACCACAAAGGAAAUGCAUAAAUCAGAUGUUCGGCCUCUACCUGUAUUAGUAGAGACACUGAACUACCUUCUAAAGUUGUUGAAUUCUACAGAACGCUCCUUUGAAGUUAUUCAUGACUUCGUUUUUGAUAGGACAAGGUCCAUAAGGCAAGAUCUAAGCAUGCAAAAUAUUGUCAAUGGCGAAGUUAUCAAUAUGUAUCAGGAAAUGGUUAAAUUCCAUGUUAUAUCACAUUACAAGCUUCGAAGUUGUAGUAAUUCUCAAGAUGCUUCUUCACUACAUUACCUUAACAUGGAGCAGCUCACUAAGACUCUGACAUCACUAUUAGAUUUGUACGAAGCCAAUCGAAGUUCCAAUUCUGCUCGUGGGAAUGAAGCUGAAUUCCAUUCUUUUUAUGUGCUUCUUCAUCUUGGUUCAAAGAGCCAACCGAUGGGUGAGUCAUUAUCUUUAUGGUUUCGUCAUGUGCCUUCCUUAAUCAUUCAUUCAAAGGAAAUGCGCUUUGCUCGGGAUCUUUUAAGAUUUUUCAGGAUUGGGAAUUAUAAACGUUUCCUAAUUGCUAUAGCUGCUGAGGCAUCAUAUCUUCAAUAUUGUAUCAUUGAACCUUAUGUUAACGAGGUCCGAGCAUUGGCUCUCUCCUUUAUCAAUAAUGGUGCGUACAAGCUUCAUCCAUAUCCUCUGAUACACCUAGCAAAGCUUUUGAUGAUGGAGGUAUCAGAUGUGGAGUCAUUUUGCAAAGCUUGUGGUCUGGAGAUUUGCACUGAUGAACAAGGAAAUAAGGUGUUACCAACCAAGCAAACCACAUUUUCUUGUCCCAAGGGAGGGUUUCAGCGUUACAGCUUUAAUGGUUUCGGACGGUUUGAGAAGGAACUCUAAAUUGUUCCCAGUGGAGAAAGUAAAGUGAUGAGACAACCAUUUCCAGCCUCCAUACCUAAAUUUGAUACUUCGUGGUAUGUAAAUUAUUUCAGGUGAUAAAACAAAUAACUACAUGCUGAUUUAAAACCACUACUCAACUGCAACAGCUUCCGGUGAGGCUGAAGCAUUCAUUUCACUGUCUAUUUAUUUUAAUAGAAUAAACUAUAGUGAUGGUAACCAAGUGCCCUGUUAUCAUAAUCUUCAAAGUGAAAUCUCUAACAUUUUUAGCCAAAUUUGCUUAUCCAAGUCGUAAUCUUUGUAUUUAUAAAUUUCUACAAAAACAGUGUGAAGUAUUGAUCCGUUCUCAUUUUGUUCAGUUGCUCAUUUAUAUAAAAUAUGUGUAAUCUUUCUCUU